CAACUCAGAAAGUAACCGUGAUCAGAGGCAAAUUUAAAAGAAAUAUAUCCUAUGGAAAGCACAAAGAAGCUGUCAAGUAUAUUCCUAUUGAAGACAGUCAAAUUAUUCAAGAAUGGGAAUUUAUUGUGGGCUAA